AUGAUGGAAAGUGCACCGGAGUCUGCGCGUCCUGAUGGGGUGACCGCAGACGUAACUGACAUCGAGGACAACGAAGAGCAGCCGGAAACAGGCUACAUGCACGGAUGGGCUCUCGCUUCCCUGACCGUGGCUUUCAUGUCCAUUUGCUUUGUGCUAGCCAUUGACAAUACCAUUCUGGCGACGGCGAUACCCCAGAUCACCAGCGACUUCCAAAGCCUCAACGACAUUGGCUGGUAUGGGUCUUCCUACUUGAUUGCGCAGAUGGCUCUGCUACCGACCUGUGGCCGCUUAUAUGCGUUCUACAACAUCAAGUGGGUGUACUGCAUCUCGCUCGCCGUCUUUGAGAUUGGCUCUGUCAUCUCGGCAGUCGCUCCGAAUUCCAUGACUCUAAUCAUAGGGCGAGCGGUGUCUGGCCUUGGCGCAGCUGGUUUGGUGAGCGGGACGACGACUAUUUUGUCGUAUUGCGUGUCGUUGAAAAAGCAGGCCAUGCUAUCGCCUAUAGUCCUGGGCAUGUACAACAUUGGAUCGGCCAUUGGUCCACUCGUGGGUGGUGCGAUAACGGAUAGCAAGGUGCUGACCUGGCGCUUUGUUUUCUGGAUUAAUCUUCCCUUCGGAGCUGUUGGGUUGGUUCUGGUUUGGUUCACCUUGAGAAAACCUCCUCCCGCAGUAAAGGGUAAUUUACCAUGGAGCCUGAAGCUACGCCAACUUGAUCUUCCAGGGGCCGCCCUCCUACUCGGCGCAACGUCGUGUCUGAACUUGGCAUUGCAGUGGGGUGGCAUCGUCCACCCAUGGUCUAAUCCCAAGGUGUUCGGGUGUCUUAUCGGAUUUGGUCUACUUUUGGUUACGUUCUUGGGCCUGCAAGUCCGAGGCAAUGAAAACUCAAAUAUCCCUCUUCACAUAUUCCGCAGUCGUACCGUAUCGGCAUCAUGCGCAUUCAUGAUGCUCGUUCAGAUUGCGAUAGUUCUGCAAUCAUACUUUUGGCCCAUAUACUUCCAAUCGGUCAAGAACACUAGUGCCCGAGACUCGGGAAUCAAUCUACUCCCAUUGAUCGUGUCAAACAGCCUGGGCACUCUCUGCGCAGGCUCUAUAGCGUCGAAAUUCGGGCACUAUGUACCGUUCAUGUGGGUUGGGCCUGUCGUCCUAGCUACCGGAGGCGGUCUUUAUCAACUGGUCCGUGCCAACAGUCCGCGCGGACAUUGGAUAGGGUUCCAAAUCCUGUCCGGAAUUGGCUACGGCAGCUGUAGCCAGAUGCCGAUCCUGGCUGUGCAGGUCGUCCUCAACAAGCCGGAUAUACCAACGGGUCUUGUUAUGAUCAUGUUUUUCCAGAUGCUUGGGGGCGCGUUGGCCCCUAGCGUUGGGCAGAAUCUCUUCACUGAUGGGCUUUUGAGGAACCUCAGGACGGUGCAGGGAGUAGAUGGCGCAGCCGUAGUGGCGGCCGGUGCGGGUGGUUUUAGGGACGUGGUUUCUCCAAAGCUGAUAAAUGCCGUUGUGAAUGCAUUCAACUCCGCUUUGAGGAAUGUGUUCUGGGUCGCGCUUGCUACGCCCGCCCUUGCUUGGAUAACAAGCUGGGCAAUGGAAUGGCGGCAAUUGCCUGAUUCUAAGAAGCAGGAUACCCAAACGCCAGCCGAGGAGGUCAUCGAGAAAUAG